UUCCCUACAUUGAAAGUCUAGUUCCGGGUCGUUAAUUAAGUGAAUAUAACCGGGGUAGUUUGUACACGUAUUACAAUGUGUAUGAAGACUUUGGGGUAUACGUACAGCUCUACAUAAGGAAAGAUGUCUACCAAUCCGUCUUACUCUCACUACGACAUCCCAUGUGAUAUGUCGAACCCUAAAUACCAGAACAGUGAGAGGUCUGCGAGUAUCUCCACGACCGGAUCGUGUAGCAGCAUCAUCCCCGGGACUUCUGGGAGUGACUUUCGGCCCCUCACCUCAAAGAAAUCUGCUGACCGGUAUUCAUGCGUUUUAAUCAUCAUUGCCAUUUUCCUCGCCUGCUUUUGUGUGGCUCUGGGCACAUGCGUGGCAAUUUUGUUUUCCAAUCUCGAGCAUGUUCGUGCGCAACUGCAGAGAGCAUCUGGUGAUUCGGUUGACCGGAAGGUGUGCCUGCUAUGUGACGAACUUACUAUGUCUCCUUUUGAGGACGAAAAUGCUGCUACCCAGAAACUGGAAGUGACGUCAGAUGACAACGGUGACCGAGUGUGCUGCGCAAACGAUGCAAGACAGUCCAAGGUCAUGUUUGAUCUGUUGUUUAAGAAGAAGAACAAGAUUACAUGCAUUGAAGAAGUGAACGCCGCCCAGACCUCGUGUAAUCGGACAUUGCCUGGUCCUGUCUUGACGGGAAGAGCAUCUGCCCACCUCCACAUAGGUGUCCAAACACCACGCAACGAUCAUGGUGACCAGCCAGUGCGGAAUUGGCAAUCAAACGAUCCGACAUCUCACAUCGAGAGAAUUAACUUAACAAAUGACCGACUGAUCAUCAACACGACCGGACUGUACGUUGUCUAUAGCCAAAUCUACUUCUCCAAGUACGUCCCUCCCACAACGCCCAAGUCCAGCAGUGUCCUUUACCACUACGUGUACCGGUACAACGUCAUCUAUCCCAACACCGGCAACCAACUACUGAUGAAAAGUGUCAGGACCUUGAACCUUGACCCCGUGACGUCACAUAGCGACCACACGAGUUACACGUCGGCGACGCUUCGUCUGAAGGUUGGUGACGAAAUCUACGUUAAAGUGUCCAACAUAUCCAUGGUUUCGCGAGCAGAAGAGGCCAGUUUCUUGGGUGUGGUACAGAUAGCGUAACAUCCAAUGGUUGUGGUAUAUACACCAGCACGUCACGGCCGGGGUUCGAAUCUCGGUACUGGUGUGAGCGCUCUCCUGCACCUGCCGACCAAAGCGCAGUUCCGGACCCGCGAUUAGAAGUCCCUCGGACAGGACUCAAAACCGCAGGUCCCGUGUCCACUGCACGUUAAAGACAGAUCGUAUCAGACUACAUAUCCAGAUAGGACCCAACGCUGUGGGUCCCGUGUCUACUGCACGUUAAAGACAGAUCGUAUCAGACUACAUACAUGUAUGUGUUGCUUAUUGUAGUUGAACAAUUAUAUAUUUCGUGAAUGGCAGCUGUGUAUUUUAUAUUCCAAAAGAGUGUAUAUUUUUUGAGACAUAAACAAUGUCUAAACAUUCCUACUGUGAUAUAGAAGUUUGAGACAGGAUGAUAUAUAAUGUAAACGUCCAUUUUUAUUUUAUUUUAUUUUUCGCGAUUUUCACGCGGUAAACAUUGCGCUCAUUAAUGAUUACGCUGAUGGGACUUUCUAUUAAUGGUUUUGUUCGCGUUUAUUGAUUCAAUUUUGAUCAUUAAUGCGUUAAUCUAUUAAAAUUCGAUAAUACGCUCGCAUUUUUGUCCGCUAACAUGAUAACUUUUACAGUAUAUAGAGUGCGUGUGCGUAUGUAUCAGAGACGAAUGGUUCAGAGUAUGUGUGCGUGUAUGUGUGUAGAGAGGCAGGGCUGAAACAGGAAUGAACGAAUGGAAUAAAUCAUGCAUGAAAUAAAAUAUUAAAAAAUAAAACUAAA